GGAGGGAUGUGCUCAGAGCACUGGGGAUGCAGUAGUAGAGCGGCUGGGGACCCUGCGAAGUUGCCAGAGCCAUGAAGAAGCGGUCCAUGCUGCUGGCCCUGGUGGCCGUGGUCCUAAUGCUCCUUAUCAUUGGCCUCUGUGUCUGGUUGUCUGAGACCUUCAAGCCCUACAGCCACGUGUACCCCAGAGCUGCCGUGGCCACGGAUGCCAAGCGCUGUUCAGAGAUCGGGAGGGAUGCGUUGCUGGACGGCGGCUCAGCGGUGGAUGCUGCCAUCGCGGCCCUGCUGUGCGUGGGGCUCAUGAACGCACACAGCAUGGGCAUCGGGGGUGGCCUGUUUCUCACCAUCUACAACAGCACCACACGAAAGGCUGAGGUCAUCAACGCCCGAGAGGUGGCCCCUCAGCUGGCCUCUGCCGGCAUGUUCAACAGCUCAGAGCAGUCAGAGGAAGGUGGGCUGUCGGUGGCGAUUCCAGGCGAGAUCCGCGGCUAUGAGCUGGCACACCAGCGGCACGGGCGGCUGCCCUGGGCUCGCCUCUUCCAGCCCAGCAUCCAGCUGGCCCGCCAGGGCUUCCCUGUGGGGAAGAGCUUGGCGGGAGCCCUGCAGAGAAGCCAGGCUGCCAUCCAGCGGCACCCUGAGCUGUGCGAGGUGUUCUGCCGGGAUGGGAAGGUGCUGCGGGAGGGGGACCGAGUGACCAUGCCUCGGCUGGCCGACACCUACGAGACGCUGGCCUUGGAGGGCGCUCAGGCUUUCUACAACGGGAGCCUCACGGCUCAGAUUGUCAAGGACAUCCAGGAGGCCGGGGGCAUCGUGACGGCCGAGGACCUGAACAACUACCGCGCAGGGCUGAUCGAGCACCCACUCAGCAUCAGCCUCGGGGACACCCAGCUCUAUGUGCCCAGUGCCCCGCUCAGCGGGCCAGUGCUGGCCCUCAUCCUCAACAUCCUCAAAGGGUACAACUUCUCCCGGGCGAGCGUGGAGACACCUGAGCAGAAGGGCCUGACCUACCACCGCAUAGUGGAGGCCUUCCGGUUUGCCUACGCCAAGAGGACCCUGCUUGGGGACCCCAAGUUUGUCAAUGUGACUGAGGUGGUCCGCAACAUGAGCUCCGAGUUCUUCGCUGCCCAGCUCCGGGCCCGGAUCUCCGAUGACACCACUCACCCAGCCUCUUACUACGAGCCUGAGUUCUACACACCGGAUGACGGGGGCACCGCCCACCUGUCCGUGGUCUCAGAGGAUGGCAGUGCCGUGUCGGCCACCAGCACCAUCAACCUCUACUUCGGUUCCAAGGUGCUGUCACGGGCCAACGGGAUCCUGUUCAAUGAUGAGAUGGAUGACUUCAGCUCCCCCAACAUCAUCAACCAGUUCGGGGUGCCCCCCUCACCGGCCAACUUCAUCACGCCAGGGAAACAGCCGCUCUCGUCCAUGUGCCCGGCGAUCAUCGUGGGUCAGGACGGCCGGGUCCGCAUGGUGGUGGGUGCCUCUGGGGGCACGCAGAUCACCACAUCCACUGCACUGGCCAUUAUCCACAGCCUGUGGUUCGGCUACGAUGUGAAGCAGGCGGUGGAGGAGCCCCGGCUGCACAACCAGCUUUUGCCCAACACCACAACGCUGGAGAAAGACAUUGACCAGGUUGGGGGCGGUGCUGAGUCACAGUGGGGGCCCCUGGGAAUCCUGGAACAGGGCCUGGAUCUCCUGAGCCACUGCGGAGUGGACAAUGGCUGCUGUCCUCUGCCUGGGGCAGAUGACUCUCAUGCCCGCUGCCUGGGCCACUUUGCACCCCAUGCUGUGAGGGCCAGGCCACCUGCUCCAAUGAGACCCAGUCAGCCCAGCUGCCCCCAACUUGCUCUUUGUGGCCACUCAGACAGAAACGGCACCACCUGCGUUUGUGGAACCCAUGCCCACACAGGUGUGGUUCAGACGGUGUCUUGGGCCCCCGUUGAGGCCUCCCUCUCCCUCCCACCCCCAGGCAGUGGCUGCAGCCCUGAAGACCCGGCACCACCACACCGAGGUCACUUCUACCUACAUUGCUGUGGUACAGGCCAUUGUCCGCACAGCUGGCGGCUGGGCGGCUGCCUCAGACUCCAGGAAAGGCGGGGAGCCUGCGGGCUACUGAGCACUCAGGCAGGCAAGGUGGACCAGCAGCCCAGGGAUGAGAUGUCCGCUGGGGGUGGGGGGCUGGGAGUGGGACUUUGGGGGACAUGCUUCCCCUGUGAGCGGCAAAACAGUGCAAUAAAUGGGGGCUGCAGUGCCAGGCUCUGGGCGGUCUUGCCGGCUGGCUCCCAAUUCCCUGGGCCUCAGCAUCCUGUGUGAAGUGGGGCCACCUGGCAGGGAAGGAUGGAGAUAAGGGAUUCAGAGGUCUGGACAGCUCAGGC